CCGGCACCGACCCCGACCCCGACCCCCGAUUUGACACCGACGCCGACACCGUCCCCGGCCCGGCCGCAGGAUGCCAAACUGGGGAGGAGGAAAGAAGUGUGGGGUGUGUCAGAAGGCCGUGUACUUCGCUGAGGAGGUGCAGUGUGAAGGCAACAGCUUCCACAAGUCCUGCUUCUUGUGCAUGGUCUGUAAGAAGAAUUUGGACAGCACCACUGUGGCCGUGCAUGGUGAGGAGAUCUACUGCAAGUCCUGCUACGGGAAGAAGUACGGCCCCAAGGGCUACGGCUACGGGCAGGGAGCAGGGACCCUGAGCACUGACAAGGGCGAGUCCCUGGGAAUCAAAUAUGAAGAGGGCCAGCCCCACCGACCGCCCAACCCCAAUGCAGCCAGGAUGGCCCAGAAGGUGGGAGGAGCUGAUGGGUGCCCCCGCUGUGGCCAGGCCGUGUAUGCAGCUGAGAAGGUCAUUGGAGCUGGCAAGUCCUGGCACAAGUCCUGCUUCCGCUGUGCCAAGUGUGGCAAAAGCCUGGAGUCCACCACCCUGGCAGACAAAGAUGGGGAGAUCUACUGCAAAGGUUGUUAUGCCAAGAACUUCGGUCCCAAGGGCUUUGGCUUCGGGCAGGGCGCCGGGGCACUGAUCCACUCCCAGUGAGCUCCAGGGCUGGGCCCUGUGCUCGCCCAGGGCUCGUCCUGUGCUGCCUGCCCACCCCGCACCUCAGUGAGUGCCCCACUGUCACCUCCAGCCACCGCUGCUUCCAGCACCAGCCUCUCCUGCCCUGCCCCGGCGCUCUCCGGAGCUGGGGUGGUCCCAGCAUUGUCCCCGUGGGAACAAUGUCCUGCUGGGGCAGGUGGCACAGGGGGGCCAUUCCCUCCCACUGCAGUGAGGCCCCAGUGCCCAAGUCCUGCUCUGCGUCGCCCAUCCUGCCGGCCGCGUGCUCAGCCGUGACACCGAGCAAGCAAUAAAACAUCAGAGAUAUCAAAGCUCA